AGUUGUGCAAAUAGCACAUGUUUGUUGUGAUCAUAGACCAUAUAAAAAGAUAAAUAUAUAUAUAAAUAUAUCAUCAUAUUAUUAUUUAUAUUAUUAUAUAAAGGUUGUGAUGAGGCAACAUCGUCACAACCUUCUGAAUGUGUUUUUACUAACUGGCAAUAAUCAUCUGUCACCUAAUUCAUGUCCUUGUUUUAUUUUGAAAAGUCCCAUGAGUCUGGCUUUUUGAAAGACCCGCCCCCUCCCUUGCAUCUGAUUGGUUACAUUUCGGCAUGAGGCGUAGGGACAUGACGAUGAGCCAAUCAGAAGCCGCGGGCUGGGGAACGCCUGUAAAUCGUCGUCAGUGGCGGAGACGGAAGAAACCGAACCUCACUGAGUUUUCAUUCAAUUUUACUCUUCUACCGAUGAAAACUCAUGAAAACUACCAGCAAACUCUGGAAGAGUGAAUAUAUCUUCUGCUUAGGAGCCGGUAACAUCUUCGGCCACCGACUCGGAGACAUUCGGGACGUGAAACUGCUUUUAGGUAGUCAAGUAUCUUCGGAGAUCAUCUCCACCUCUCCUGCCUCGACCAAAAGACCGGUCAAAUAUGGCGAGCUGCUCGUGCUCGGAUGUAACGUCUCGCUGCCUGGCGGCGACAAGGGCCGGAGGAAGAGUCGCUUCGCUCUGUGUCGCAGGAACAAAGCCAACGGUGUGAAACCAAGUACCGUCCACACGUCCUGCACACCGCAGGCCGCCAAGGCCGUCAGCGACAGGGAGCAGCACAGCAUAUCGUACACUCUGUCCCGGGCCCAGACGGUGGUGGUGGAGUACGACCUCGACAGCAACACCGACAUGUUCCAGAUCGGACGUUCUACGGAGAAUCCCAUCGACUUCGUGGUGACCGACAUGGCGACGCCGGGGGGUCGGGGCCACGACGACGGUCCGGCGGUUCAGAGCACGAUCUCCCGCUUCGCCUGCCGCAUCGUCUGCCACAGGACGCCGCCGCACUCUGUGCGGAUCCACGCCGCUGGCUUCGACUCCUCCAGGAACAUCUUCCUCGGGGAGAGGGCGGCCAAGUGGAGGACGCGGGACGGACAGAUGGACGCACUGACCACCAACGGUGUACUGGUGAUGCACCCGUGCCACGGCUUCAGUCGGGACCCCAGACCCGGCCUGUGGAGGGAGAUCUCGGUGUGCGGCAACGUGUUCACGCUGCGGGAGACGAGAUCGGCUCAGCAGAGCGGCAAGACGGUGUCCUCCGAGUCCAACGAGCUGGUGGAUGGUUCGCUCAUCGAUCUGUGCGGCGCCACCCUCCUUUGGCGGACGGCGGAGGGCCUGGCGCGCACUCCCACCAUCAAACACCUGGAGGCCCUGCGGCGUGAGCUGAACGCCGGGCGGCCGCAGUGCCCCGUGGGCCUCAGCACGCUGGCCUUCCCCAGCCUUCGCCGCCAGGACGUGCCAGAAGAGAAGCAGCCUUGGGCGUACCUGCAGUGCGGCCACGUGCACGGAUACCACGGCUGGGGCGGGCGCCGCCACCCUGAGGUGGAGGCGGGAGACAGUCGGGAGAGGGAGUGCCCCAUGUGCCGGGCGCGAGGCCCCUACGUGCCGCUGUGGCUGGGCUGCGAGGCGGGCUUCUGUGUGGACGCGGCGCCGCCCACCCACGCCUUUGUGCCCUGCGGCCACGUCUGCUCGGAGAAGACGGCGGCGUACUGGAGUCAGAUCCUGCUGCCGCACGGCACGCACGCCCUCCACGCCGCCUGCCCCUUCUGCGUCCGGCCGCUGGGUGGAGACGUCGGCUGCGUCAGGCUCAUCUUCCAGAGCCCGUUGGACUAGAGCCCAGACCUCUAGAGCCCAGUCAGAACAAUGAGCUUUGUUAAUUUAAUUCUGAAUAUAAAAUGUAUUUAACUUAAUUUUUGACACAUUUCGGAUUUAAAAAAAGCCUAUAUAUGAUUGCGACAGUUUUGACUUCCUCAACUGUGAUAACAUGUUUUAUUUAUUCUGUUACCUCGUCAGUUAGUCUCUUUCUGUAAAUGAGUGCAGAAUUUAACAGCGGCCAUGUAAAGAUGGACGACGCGUCUCCACGUCCUCCCAUUGUACAAACAUAUAGUGACGUCACAUGGAGUCAGAGUCUCUGACGCAGUGAUCGUGAGGUGGAGCCAUGGUAUCGAGGCCCCGCCCACACACACACACACACACACACACACACACACACACACACACACACACACACACACACGCUCUGGACCAAUCCUGAGUCAGUGUCAGCUGUCCAUCAUGAUGUCUCAGCCCCUUUUUUAUAUCAUCAAAUAACUAAUGAGAAGCAAAGUGAUCAGAAUUAUGAACACCUGAACAAUAAUCAGUGAUAAGAACGACCUCACGUGACAUGGAAGGGGCGGGGCUUAUGACCUAAUACUGCAGCCAGACACCAGGGGGCGAUCAUCAUGAUGAUGAUCUGGCUUCAUGUUGUUCAUCUUUAUUGACAGUCUGAGGUCUGGAAUCACAAGACCUUUCCUACAUAACCCGUUUCUUUGCUUCUUUGAAGAAUAAUUGUAAUUUAAUGGCCUUGAUUCAAACACGUCUGGGAAACUUCUGACUCUGCCGUCAUGUGACUUGAUACAUCUGGAUGAAUGUGUGAUUUUUUAAAUAAAAAAAAUUUCACUAGA